GGGGUCAGUUUUGUUUCCCCGGAUCCGCCAUUUCAUUUUUUGAAGUUACUUGUGACAAGUUACAAGAUUUGAUCAAAAUUCUAUUGUUUUAUAACUGGGUUGGUGGGUAAGUUAUAAUCGACAUAUUUUAAUCGGGCGAUCAGACACGUUUUGUACUAGGACAGGCUUUUGAAUUUUAAAUUGAUGGGCAUAGGCAAGUUGCGGAUGUCGCCUAUUCUCCAAAUGUGUUCUACGCGCUAAAGUUUUUGUAUGAGUUGAAUGCUGGUUGUGGAUAAGGGGAUUCAAAGGGAAGGCCCGUGAAGCCUCGGCUUUGGAGUGGGAGUCAUGGCCGGAAAUUUUGACGCAGAGGAUCGUGCAAGUUGGUACUGGGGAAGAUUAAGUAGACAGGAGGCAGUUUCACUUUUACAAGGACAGAGACACGGAGUGUUUUUGGUGAGAGACUCUAUUACAAGCCCAGGCGACUACGUCCUGUCCGUUUCAGAGAAUUCCAAAGUCUCGCAUUACAUAAUCAACAGCAUCAGCAACAACCGGCAGUCUGGCUCAGGCCAGGCGCCUCCACGGUUCCGCAUAGGGGACCAGGAGUUUGACGCCCUCCAUUCCCUGCUGGAGUUCUACAAGAUCCACUACCUGGACACCACCACUCUGAUAGAGCCCAUCAACAAGGCCAAACACUCUCCCUUGGUCAGCGUCAAUGCAGGUGCUGGAGGCCCGCUGCAGCGGCAGGAAGACGAGAUGGUCCGUGCCCUCUUCGACUUCCCAGGCAACGACGAUGAAGAUCUGCCUUUCAGAAAGGGCGACAUCCUGCGGGUCCUGGAGAAGCCUGAGGAGCAGUGGUGGAACGCCAAGAAUUUAGAGGGGCGUGCCGGGAUGAUCCCUGUGCCCUACGUGGAGAAGUACCGACCGGCUUCUCCCACCUCGGGGGGCCUUGGAACAGGGGGUCCAGGUGGGGUGGGCUCGGUAGACGGCUCAAGUGUUCAGGGCCCUCCUCUGCUAUACCCGAGCCAGUACGCCCAGCCCACACCUCUGCCCAACCUGCAGAACGGACCCGUCUUGGCCAGGGCUAUCCAGAAGAGGGUGCCCAAUGCCUACGACAAGACCGCCCUUGCCUUAGAGGUGGGUGACAUGGUGAAGGUGACAAAGAUCAACGUGAACGGCCAGUGGGAGGGCGAGUGUAAGGGCAAACGAGGCCACUUCCCCUUCACCCAUGUUAAGCUGCUGGACCAUAACAGCCCUGAGGACGACGUGAGCUGAGAGUGGACACUGGGCUCCUUGGGCUCCUCCCAUCUCUCACCCUGCCCUUACACACACAGACACUCACUCCCUCACAUGCCACCAUCGCCCCUGUGCCAAUCAGCAGCCUCCGCAUGGCCACACUCAGACACACACACACACCACUUCCUCUUCGUCAGUUGGCCCUGUUAGAUAAUCAUUACGCUGUGUCUUCGUCUCACACACCACCAUUAUUUAUACCACUUCAGCACCAUGGCCAGCUCUAUCAAAACACACACUCCCCUUCUAAAGAAGAAAGACUCAGGCCUUGUCUGAUAGGAUGAGGACAGCGGCUGUGUAAUACCAAGAGGAAGACGGGGAGUGUGUGGUUGAAAUGCUCUCUUGGGCUGGAAUCAUACACACAGAGAUCCAUGGAGAAACACUUCUCUGGCUGUCGAAGAGAGCCGUUAGAAUGACACUACACUGUACACUACACUGUACACAACUAUCAUCCUCACUACAAAUCCACAACCAAGUAACUAGUAGUCUUUUUGUAAGGGGAAAAAAAGAACAUAUCCUUAUGAAAUUGUUGAGAACCAUUACAUGCUAAAAUCAAGUCAUUUUUUUUGUUUAGUUUAUUUUGCCUCGUUUCUCUGAGAAGUUUGCCAGUCCACCACUAUUGCGGAGAUCUCGUCAAAUGUGUCGGCUAUGUUGUGAGCUUGCGGUGUUGUCAGGCGCUAACCCUCUCUGUCUUACUUGUUUGUGUCUGUCUUGCCUUGCUUGUCUGUGCUCUUUGACAAGCCUUUGUCUGCUCCGCUCCUACUCCGAAUCACUGAGACUUCAUUUUUCCCCCACACACGGCUGUUAACUUGUUCAAAAUAUUGGAGAUGUCUUUUGUGUAUGAUCUGCCAGGGUCGUGGAAACAUUCUGCCGUAUCAUAUAAUACCAUAGCCAAGGAUAGACUGUUAAAAUGACAUUUUUUUUGUAUGACAUAAGCUCAAUGGUAACAUGAAUUGUCUUUCUCCUUGGAAGCUAUUAGAUUCUAAACUGAUUACGGUAGUACUUGUUCUCCUGUACACGUUGGUUACAAGGUCAAGGCACUGUAUUGACACUGAGUUCUCACUUUUCUGUUCUAGAUUCCUGUCAUCCACUAUAUUUUGUGAAUUGAUGUCUGUCUGUAUUCAUUAGUGUAAUGGAGCGAGCGAAACGCCCUUUAAUUUGCAUGCAUCCACAAACCACCAAACUAAAUCCGCAAACCACCACACUAUUACUUAGGAUGUCAACUUUGAAUAGGUGUCCUCUGUUGAUAAGAGAUCACAGUUAAGUCCACCUGUUGACACAUGACAAUGAUCUUUCCAUUCCUAUCAUGUAGGAAACUGGCUAAGUUUGCUCCCUGGCACAGCAUCAUACAUGUUACAGAUAUGUCGUUUACUGUGCACUGCAGAUUCGUAUCUCUGUUCCACUAUAAAUGAAACCUGUAUCUGACCAUUCUUACGCUUUGCGCCCCACUGAAUGUGCCCCUGAAAUUCACUUGGAUAACGUCACCUCCUAGAGUGGUUUCCCAUAGAUUAAGGCAGAGGUGACUUGAGAAAUGGGUUACCUCGUCUUCAGUAGAACUGGCCACUAGGGUGCACUGCAACAGCAUUAGGCAGAGAGGUGCUGGGUGAACCGAAGUGCUAGUCUGCCUCCGAGCUUUAGCCCAUGUUGAUCAAUACAGUUGUCUGAGUUGAGGAUGCUGGAGGUGAAAUGUUUUAUUUUCAGAAUGCACUUUAAUCAACAAAAACAUUACAAUUACUUGCCAGUUCAGGCUCCUCCCUUUCAAUUGCUUUUCUUGCCUUUUCUGCUGUGUGUUCAUUGUCUGUGGCAGACCUUGUGUUGGCUUUUUUUUUUAAAUAAAUAUAAUCUAAGGUAAUUUAGCCCCAAAUUUAUGACGCAGCUGUGAAAAAUCCAAAUGCAUGCAUUGUCAGGGUGUGAAGACUUGAGUAUGGUUAUAUGAGUUAAACUCCAAUUAUGUAGUACCUCAUCCAAAAUACACCAUCUGCUGUAGAUGUAGGUUCUGGGUAGUAGAUGCUGCAAAGUCCAGAGGAAUCGAAUAUAUAACCUUUCGACAAUUGGAUUGUCCUCAAACAACAGGGGGUUUCCAUUGUCCUCAAAUUUGUACCAUUUCUCUGUAUAAUUGUAGCUUUCGGACCGACUGACAAACUGUUUUAUAGCCAAUUUAUGCCACAAUCUAUGUUUAAGGACACGGUUGGGUAGGUUACUUUCUAAAUGUAAUCAAUUACUAGUUACCUGUCCAAAAUUGUAAUCAGUAAUAGCUUUUGGAUUACCCAAACUCAGUAACAUAAUCUGAUUACUUUCGUCUUCAUAUGCAUUAAAAGAAGAUGAAAAGGAACCAUCAAACACAUUUGGGGUGUCUUAGUGGUCUCUGACUUGUGGUCAGACCCGCUCAGGUGUAACAAACUUAAACUUGCACCUUGUUGCAAUGCGAAAUUGAAUGUCAUUGAGAAAAAAUACAUUGACACCUUUGUUUUCGCAAACAUCCUUUCUGAAUUUAAAAGUAAUCUAGUUUUUCAAAAGUAACUAAUCUGGUUACAAUACUUUAGCUGGUAAUGUAACUGAUUACAGUUAGUUUCUUUGUAAUCAGUUACUCCAGUAUUAACAUCUGUUAAAUGUCUGCUUUUUCAUUCAUUCUCUCAAUGCAUGCCUGUUUAUGUAAUCUGCUCUUAUUUUUAUGUUUUUGUUUUGUCAAUCAGGCCUAUAAAUAUUUCAAAGUAUUGUAUUUUUGUAACCCUGUGGAAGUCAUUACCUUUCAUAAGGGGGCUUGGUUGGCAACCGCAAAUGGAAAUUAUGAGGAUAUCAAAAUGUGCCAUUGUAUUAUAACACUAUAUUCUUUCAAGACAAUUGAAAUUACCAUUUAUUUUCUGUAACAUGUAAUGUGUUAAGAUAUACAUAGUAAAUAAAGUCAAAGGAUUGGCAAAUGAAAA